UGCUAGCAGCAUUUCCAUUCCAACAUCGUGCCUGAGCUGAAGAAAGGUGCUCUUAAAUAAAAAUUUCUCUUUCCAAGCUGACAAGAACAAAGCAAGAUCGCUGUGCCUGCUUCGAUAAUGGAGAGAAAAUCAAACAGGAGAGCAAAGGAAUCUGAAGAAAACCACAGCAACUUCGAGGGCUCUGAGCAAGACAAGGACUAUAAAACGUCUCUGAUUACUCUGAAUGUUGGUGGCUAUCUGUACAUCACACAAAAACAAACACUAACCAAGUACCCAGAUUCUUUCCUCGAAGGUAUCAUCAACGGAAAAAUAAUGUGCCCGUUUGAUGCAGAUGGACAUUACUUCAUAGACAGAGACGGACUCCUGUUCAGACACAUUCUGAACUUCCUACGAAAUGGAGAACUUCUUCUACCGGAAGGGUUUCGAGAAAAUCAACUUCUGGCACACGAAGCAGAUUUCUUUCAGCUGAAGGUUUUAUCGGAUGCAGUGAAAUCGAGGUGGGAGAAGGAGCAGCUCGCAUCUCGAGAGACCACUUUCCUGGAAAUAACUGACAGCCACGACCGCUCGCAGGGGCUCCGGAUCUUUUGUAACGCUCCUGAUUUCAUUGCAAAAAUAAAAUCCCGAAUCGUACUGGUGUCUAAAAGCAGGCUGGAUGGAUUUCCAGAGGAGUUUUCAGUCUCUUCGAAUAUAAUUCAAUUCAAAUACUUCAUAAAGUCUGAAAACGGUACGAGACUUGUGCUGAAGGAGGACAACACCUUCGUCUGCACCCUGGAAACUCUUAAGUUUGAGGCAAUUAUGAUGGCUUUAAAAUGCGGAUUCAGACUGCUGACCAGCCUGGAUUGUUCCAAAGGAUCUAUUGUUCACAGCGAUGCACUUCAUUUUAUCAAGUAAUUACAAAGGCAGAGGAAACAAGCAUGCAGUCGGCAGACCUCCUUUAACGGCAGCGUCCUGGCAUCACAGAUCUUGUAUCCCACCAGCCCCGUACCACACAGCUCGGCUGCUCAUCGGUUAAUGUGAGCUAAUGGUAUGUAAAUCUCCUAACGACAUCCAUCUCCGGCUUAUUCGAGCUGAAUGAAAUUUUUAUUACAUUCAGGCAUCAGAUUUAUCUGCUAACCACUGUAAACAGAGACCGAAUGCUUUCUGGUAUUUGUACUAUGUUUUUCUCAUGCUGUUUUUCAACCGGGAAGUCUCGCUGGAUUUCUGUGUACUUGUAUGACUAACACGCAUACACCUAACUGCUGUGCCGAGCAGCACGGAGACUAUUCUCAUACAACAGGCAGGCUCACAGUAUGUUCUGCUCCUCAUGAAUUCAGAAUGGAUUUUAACUGGAAUAAAUGUUUUUAAAUGUUCCUUAGUGUUGAUGCUAAUUUGUUGUUACGCUGAAUUUGCAAAAAGAAAAACAAAAAACCAAACGUGGUAUUGAAAGAGGGUUUUAAAAUUAAUCUGCUUGAUUCUAAAGUUAAACAACUCUGAUUUUAACUCUCUUACAAAGAAAUUUACAGCUGUGCUACUACAUUAAUAGCAACUGCUAAGAACAUGUCAGCCAACCAAUAAUGCUGGGGGGUCAGUUCUAUGAUGGGAAAUGAGUUGACUGUGCAGAGAAUGUUACAUUUUUCUGCAUAUAUCUAUUUAUCAGAUGGCUAAUAAAAAUGUUUGGCAUAAAAUUUCAUGUAACAGGUUUCCAACAGUUUUGUGUAACAGGUUUCCAACCUCUUCUAAUGCUGAAGUCACUACUUUCCACUAAUCACUGGUGAUCAUAGAGACAAGCAAUUAGAGCCCUGCACAACAGCUUACCAAAAGCAAGUAGUAGUAUUAGUUUUGAAUACCUGUUGCAUCUAGGAAGCAUCAAUGUAAGCGAUGGAAUAAAUACCUUCUUUCUUCUCAUCUGCACAGCUUAUUAAAUCUUCCCAUUUGUAUUUUAAACUGAGUUUACAAAGCAGUCAAUCCACAAAAGCCAAAUGAAAAAUCAUCAAGCAACGCAAAUGGAAGCUGCUCAAACUCUGAGUUUAAGCUUUGACCAUCAGUGAACUCUACCACCACAAACAGCUCAAAUGAACCCAAAACUCAAGCGAAAUGCUAUUAAAGAAAGCAAACCCAUCCAAGUGGUUUCUUAGCUUUCCCAGAAUAUCUGCUUUGUACAGAAAAAAGAAAGCAAACAUUAAGAAUGCACAAAGAAAAAGCAGUAUAAUCCAUGCUAAAGUGACAACUGAGGAAAACAGACAAUAUCUGAUAGGAAGAGAACAGCGUUCUUUUGGAUUUUAGAGGGAAUAAAUCCAUCAUUAGUAACAGGGACCAGGAAUACAAUGCCAUACAACAACUCCCUCCUUACCCUCCACUGUCAAACUCUGUUCAUUGUAACAUACAACGGCUGCUGGUAUCAGAGACCCUACAGAAGAACUCACAGAGGGAGACCAGACAGAAGUGACUGAACAAUAACCUACUAUGAUUUUAUCUAGCAGGAAAAUCCACUAUCUCCAGAAUACCUCUUUAGAACAAACCCUCCGGCUAGAAACUUUUCUGUCCUCCCUAUGCUAAAAACUUAACGAUUAAAAAAGAUGUGGCUUUAAUUUGGAACUUUCCCAAACUGUUUAAAAUUUGCAUCACUGUAAAUUUCAGGCAUGUAAGUCUGUGUGUCCCAGAACUGACCCACGUUAGUCCAAAUGCAUUAACCACCCACAAAAGAUAUACAGUAAAAUGUAAUUUCUUACAUACGCACCACUUUUACACUUUUAGGCCAUUUCAGCCAGCAUGCUAUCGCUGUGUACGUGUCCAGCUCCCUCCUUCACCACCACAAUUGUCAGAAAUCCUCACUAAUCACUGAUCUUAUACUUCAAACUAUCACUAGAACUUCUGUGGAAAGUAAAUGCAAUAGCUCAUCUGAAACACAUUCAAAUUCCUGCUGAUCUGCUAGGACAAGUACUAGGAAUACCCUCACACAGAACGACUCUGUGAAACUCAUUUGUAGACACACUUCUUCACACGAGCAAAAAAAUAAAAGCGCUGGGACAAUCUAACCAAGCUCCUUCUAUAAU